GGGGUAACGAACAACCUUAAUUUUCGUGCUAGAUAAAGCAUAACCGAUAACAUAAAUUAAUGACGACUUAGUCACUCUGCCUGAGUGUAUAAGACUGUGUUGUCUUUUCGUAUAUCUCACUUUUGCCGACAACAUGGCGGUGGCAGGGAGGGAUAAUUCUUUCCCAUGCGCAAGCGUUAGUUAGGGGCCAGAAACAUAAGUAGCUGUAUAUCAUCGUUGAUUGGACAAAAAUUUAAGUUAAGUCUGAUCUCUCGAUUCUAUAAUCUGUUCUAUUUAUUUUGUUUUUAUCAAUUAUUUUAUCGUCUAUUACUCUAUUAUGCUGAUUAUGAAGUUGAAAUGAACUUGUACGUAUAUAUACUUGAUAGAAGUGUAAUGUUUAUGGUUGAUUUAUGAAAAGUUUGGUAAAUUUUACACAUGGUUCUGAAAACGAAGCUGUCAAAGGUUCCGAAAUGAGCCUAAUGGAUUUAUCCAGUGUUUGUUCUUUCCGCAUAAUCACGAAGAUGUUCUAUUGUAAUUGACCUAUGUUUGAUCUAUUAGUUUAAAUAGUCUGCUCAAUAAUCCAAACACAAAUAUAGACUUUAAUUUAGUAAUAAAAUUGUGUUUCUUUGUUAAUAGUUUAUCAUAGUGACCUUCAUCACUGUAAUAAAAUCAACGUAACGGCAAGGUUGCAAAGACACUGACUGGAAUAUAUUAUUUGUCGUCGGAAAAUCUUCAAUAUGGGAAUACAACAAAAAGAAUUCAAAGAAUACAUUCGUGUAAACGUUGGGGAUCCCAGAAUUAUUGAAAAUGCCGAUUCGUCGAAUAAGCACACAGUUUAUGAAGUGGAACUAGACACUAACAGUCUUUCUUUCACCCAUCAACAUUCAAGUGUGUGUAGAAGAUAUUCAGAAUUCGUUUGGCUGCGGAACAGAUUGCUCAGAAUGCCAUGCACGCCCCGCCCACCACGUCUACCUAUGAAAUCGUUUCCGUGGAAUUUUGACGCGAAGUUUUUGAAUAAAAGAAAACUUCAGCUCCAGCAGUUCAUUUCAAGAGUCUUGGAGGAAACUUUGUUUAUAUCAUGCAGCGCAUUACACUUGUUCCUUCAAACAAAUUUGAAGCCAAAAAAAAUGGAUUUAUGCAUUGAAAAUGGGAAAAUAAAUCAAGCGAUCAUGGAAUCGGAUUGCUGCGUCACACCAAACAACUUAAUCCACAAAAUAAAUAAAAACUGUGAAAGUCAAUACACCUGCACACUGUUUACAUCUAUUACAUGGAAAGUUGAUAACAACACCAAAGUGAAUGUAAACACUGUAACGACGCCUGUAGUCGAAAAAAUUGAUAAAGCAACCCAGUGCACGGAAGAUACGGGAAUAUGCACCGAAGAUUAUGACAAUUUGCAAAAGAUUAUCUGUGUACUGCAAAGAGAAUUUUACUCAAAAAUGAGUCUUAAAUUUUUUUUGAAAUAUUAUGGAAAGUUAUAGAAAAAAGAGAAGGCUUUGAGCAUAAGAUGGUUUUUCGAUUUUGCACUUCUGUUGCACCGGAUUCUUGAACACUUCUAAGAUAGAGCAAGAGCCACAGACGCUUUUUAUUGGCCCAACCAGUAGACGGCCUUUUCUUUUCAAUAUCUAGUCAUUGGAUGAAUUGAUUUAAACAAUAAUUACGUCCCCGAAAUAUGAAUUCAUUAAUCAGAUAAAUAUUUGUUAUAUAUAUAUAUAUAUUAUAUAAUCAUAGUAGAAUGUUCAGCUUGUGACCUAUUUUAUUUUGUUUUGUUUUCUUCAGAGGCCUUUG